AUGGGUGACCAUGACAGAUGUGCCCGCAAGACCGUAGAUGAACUCGCUAAGGGCUUUCCUUUCUCUCAGCGCUUUCACACUCAUGGAGAAGAACCACGUAGUCAACUUCAACCUCCCCAGAUCCACAUCCAUACUACCGCCCUCCGCGAGCGUCUGUAUAACGAAGAGCUCUUUCUUGUCCGCCUUCUUUCCUACCAACGCGAAGACCGCCGGCGAAUCAAAGAAGCUCUAGUUGAUCAUGUUGAAUGGCUACUUCAGCGCAUUCCUAUUGACAUUCUCUCAUACCAGUGGCUGCAAAAUUGCACAAUUUCUGCCGAGGUCCGUGCUUUCCUUGCCGAACAUCUCAUCCCCACUCUUAUCCUUGGCCUGGAGCAUAUUCUUCGUGAAGCAGACCAGCGUGGGUUAUGCAAGCUUGCCGGAGAUGAGACCAGUGAAGAAGAAGCAACCUUUGUACAAGUGGGCGUUAACUUCAAUCCAAUCAAUCGUCUAGCAGAGUUUUUGAUGCGUAACAAUCCGAGAUAUGACAACCUAACGGGAAACAUCUGUUUAACACCCUACGCGCGUGGAAUGCGACAGGUUUUAGAGUUAUUGAAGCAGGACCUCUUCCUCAAGUCGGAUACAGAGUUGGCAAAAUUUACGGCAGCUGCGGAAAAGAGGAAGUUAGAUUUAGAGGUGUUAAAAGAACAGGAGGAAAGGAAAUUAGAUGAGAAGAGAAGACGACUGGAUCCAGUGUUUGACUGCUUUAGGCUUGAGGGCCAGAAGACUGUGAAUGCUGUAAUUUACGUGAUGGCGCUUGUCCGACCUCUUUCAAUGGAAACUUUUGAAGCACUAGUUGAUCACAUGCAACGAUGCGCUCGUGAGUACCGAGAACACGUUGAUCAACGUCUCAAGUUAGACGUUCUUGCAGAAGUCGCCAUCAGCUGCGACAAGGAUGCGAAUAAAGAUACGGACCAAGAACAGCUUAUCGAAGCUUUCGAAAAGUUUGCAAGGGCAAGUGGAGCUGAAAUUCAACAGAACCUCCUAUAUCCACACGAAUGGCGUAUUCAUGAAUACCAUCUAAGACACGCGAAAUUCGAUCCCUGGGACAAGUCUGUUAAAAUUUUGCCCUAUCAGCCUUCCACCCGGUUCAAAGAUGUCAAACCUUUCCAUGGAUCUACCACUGCUGCAGUCGAGAACCAGACUAACAAUUCUUAA